AUGUCUUACAGUGAUCUCAAAGGCAAGACCUAUAUUAUCACAGGUGCAGCUUCAGGUCAAGGUCGUACCACAGCUCUAUUUCUGGCCAGGCAAGGAGCCAAUGUUGGCUUGUUGGACCUUCGAAAGCCAGAUGACGUUUUAGAGGAAGUAACCCGAAUCGGUGCUAAAGGUCUUGCUUUCGCCGUUGAUGUCUCUAACUACGCACCUCUGGAAGCGGCGGUGAAAGAAGUUUCUGAUACGUUUGGGGGUAUUCACGGAGCAGCAAACAUGGCCGGUACUAUCGGGACCCAGGGAUUCAAGGGCAAAGGCUAUGCUCUUGAGACAAUUGAGGACAAAGACUGGGAUUGGAUGAUGGCUGUGAAUCUUACGGGUGUCAAGAACAGCUUGAAAGCAGAAUUGAAAUAUAUUAAGGACAAUGGAUCAAUCGUAAAUGCUGCGAGUAUCGCUGGUCAGCGUGGCACGCCAUGGAAUGCACCUUACGGUACCGCCAAAUGGGGUGUUAUUUCUUUGAGUAAAUGCGCGGCACAGGAGUUUGGCCAUCGCGGUGUCAGGGUCAAUGCAAUUGCACCAGGGGUAAUUGAUACACCGUUAGCAAAGGCGCUCGGAACAGCUGAGCAAAUCAACGAUAGACUGCUCUCGAGGACGGCUCUCAAGCGUAUUGCUCAACCGGAAGAGGUUUCCAAGGUCAUUUUGUUCCUGUUGAGUGAAGUUUCUGGAUAUAUCACAUCUAGCACGAUCAAUGUGGAUGGAGGAUUUCAAUAA